UCCUUUCAAAAUCUUUAUUUAAAAAAAAAAAACCCCAAUUUCCUUAGGGCUUCAAUCCUCCUCGUUACAUUUCAGUAUUUGUGGAAUCGUUGCUUUUUCGAUUCAUCUAAAUCUAUGGCUGUGGACGCCGCUGCUGAGGGGUAUAAGCCAGGCGAGGAAUUUGAGGAGGACAAUAACGAGCCACUUGUCGAUUUCUCGAUGACGGACUCGACGGAGCUCUGGCUUAUCCAGUGGCCCGUCAAGCUGUUGAAACCAACUGAUUUCCACGGGAAAGAGGUGAAGCUAAAGCUGCAUCGUGACGGGAAGUUGGGGAGUUUAGAGACUUCAUCUGGGAAAUCAUAUGACUUGGUUAGCCAUGCAGCUCAGGAGCCAGAUGCAACGGUGUUCCUCCCUACAUCCUCAAAUUCAAAAGUCGUUGGAAAGAUUUCUCGUCGAGUUUGUUUGAGACACUAUCCAGAGCCUGAAGAGUUUGAACUGCCCACUUUCAGCAAUGCCACUCGAAGCAAUCUAAGAGGUUCUGGCAGGAGCUCAUCCCAUCGGUCAACUGUACUGAAAGGUAGCAAAGGAACUGCGGAUACUUUUAACUUUCCACACAGCACCGAAGAAACACCUCAGCCUUCCAGAAAGAAGAGACGUGAAGAGCACAGAUCAGGUGACGGAUCUUCUCGUGGUUCUAGACCAGAUAGCCAUCUGACCGAUGGUUCACUAGCAUCGGACAGAUCACAUGGGGAUCAAUCAAAGAAGAAGAACAAGAAGAUCAAGGAUGAACAUUAGAAUCAUUUAGCUACUCUCCGGGCAUGACAAAAUUUUCAGGAAUCUUCUAUAAUACCAAAGUUGGCAUUUGCAGGAAAUGCGGUUAAUCUAUAGUCCUUUCUUAUUUUGUUUUCAGUCAUAUUUAAUAGAUAAACUUGUUCUUAGUGUUGCUAAAUGUUGUAUCCUUAUUUGAUUCCGAAAUAUUUCAACUGUUAUUUUUUAUUGAGCAACUGUGAGAAAGAGAGCAUUUAUGACAUCUCGAUUUAAUGUACCCAAAUAUUGUUUUUGAGAAUGCCUAAUGGAAUGGUUCAUACUUCGCAGAC